UGCUUCACGGCCGUCCCGUGCUUCGUGAACGCGGUGCUUGACCCCCGCAUACUCAUCCGCUUGUUGCCAUGCGGAAGACAUCACAAGAUGGUGGAGAUUCAACCUCUAUUACCAGUGGAAUAGAAAAUGAAAUUAAAAAGCCUGGAGCAAUUGGAAAAACAAAAAAGAAUUCCAUUAAACGGAAAGCGCAGAAUUUCAGCCACGAAUCUGAUGAUGCCGUUAUUGAGCCACUCUUACAGAAAGAUAAAGAAAAGCCCGAAACAACAAAGCCAAGUGCCAAAUUUAACAUUUUGUCAAAAACUAAGACUGACGAUAUGAGUGAAAAAGGAACCGAUAAGGACAAACUAAUAACGAAUGACAAACUGCAGAAGUCAGGUAUAUCGAAUGCUUCUGAUAUCACUGACAAAAUAUUAUCUUCUUCUAAUUCGAAAGAAAACAAUGUACCUAAAAUAACAAGUGCCAAUGCUCCUUUACAUAAUCACAUGAAUACCAACGUAUUUGGUUCACCUGAUGGCUUAAAAGGAUUUGUUGCACCAAAAAGCCAAAUUUUAGUAGAGAUUGAUGGUUGUAAGCAGGUCGGAUAUAAUCCAAGUCCAUUAAUAUUCACAACAGCGAAAAUACAUACUGAUGGAAAAACGAAACACAUGGAACCAGUUCAAGUAACUCCAGUACCAAUUCUAUCAACAAUUGAAGUGAGUGUCUUGAAAAGUGGAGGCAAUGCAUCUGAAAACUCUAGUCAAGUGAGCUCCAAUAUCAGUACAGUAUAUGCGAUCCCUCAUAGUAGCAAACAUAUAAUAGAACCAACCUACAAAGCCGUCAAUAAUAUACCAACGACACAAAAUAAAGCAGUUAUUGACAACAAGAUCUCUAGUAUAAUAAGCACUGAAUUAGAUAAGACCUCAAAAGUAUUAUCAUCUAGCAAAGAAGUAAAACCAACACCAUCUAAAGUAACUCCUACCGGAAUACCAGAUAAUACGUCGGGGAAUAAAAGCUUUACUAAAGAAAAUAAAUCAGAGAAAGAUGAGAAACAUAUAAAACCACCUAUAUCACAGAUUGGUAAUUAUAGUGAUGUCAAAGCUAUAUCAAGUUCGAUUGCUACGACGAAAUCUGUUCCAACUAAUAAUUCUGUGAAAGAUAGUGGAGUGUUUGAUAAAACUAAAGAUAAGUUAGAAACACUUCGGCAACCUGAACAUAAAAUUGAAUUGACUAAGACUGCUAAACUAGACAGCACCGACUCACGAAAAAACAAAGAACUUGAUGACAUUAAGACAAGUAAGGACAAAAUUAAAGAAACUUCAAAUACUUUCACUAAUAACAGGCAAUUGCAGCGCCAAAGUAUUAUAGACAAGGAAGAUAUGAUAUCGAAUAUAAAACCAGCUAACGAUUUCAAAACCACAAUUAAAUCAGUUGAUAGUCAAAAGAAUAAAUCAGCAGACAGUCAAAAGUCCUCUAAAAUUGAAACCAGUGACAAAACUAAAUUGCCAAAGCUCAGUGCCAAUAGUAUUCCAGUAACUAAUGUACCAAAUAAUAACAACACUAAUACUAAUAUAGCACCUACCUUAUCCACAAAUGUAAAUAAAAAUGUUAGUGCCAAUAAAUCAUCAAUUUCUUCAUCUGUUGUAAAAUCACCUAAUCCAACAACUAAAAACUUGUCGGAAGGUAAGUCACCUGCUACAAUAACUACAACUUCAUCUGCUGGCAAAAUAUCUACUUCAGCAACUACCCCGUUAACUACCAAUAAGACGAUGGUAUCAACAAUGAGUUCGUCGGAUGCAACUGCAUCGACAAUCAAUAAAAAUAUGUUUACUCCUGUCUCUACAACAGCUCCUGUAAAAAAGACAUCUGUCCCCAGCACCACAGAUUCGUUGACCAAUAAAACAGUGCCUGCAUCGGUGACAGCAGCUUCUAAAAAAGUUACUGUUCCGUCAACUAUAAAGACAGACAACAAAUCAGCUAUUGCAUCCACAGCUAUAACUAACGCUCCGAGUAACAAGACGUCUCAGUCAAUAACAUCUUCAGGAGCAAAUAAGGGGCAUAAUCCUAUAGUUACUACAUCAACGGUUAAAAUGACUUCAGGGCCUCAUACCACGACGACAUGUGACAAAACCAGCACAUCGAAUUCAAUUUCAUCAGCCAAAUCUAUUACUUCAAACACUGCUUUAGCAAAACCGACUGCUACAAAUGCGUCUUCAGUUUCAAAAACUUUAAAUACUGAAAAAUCAUCUGUUACUGCUACUUCUGGAAACAUCAAACCAGAGGUAACGAAAGCAAGCUCCAAUGUUAAAUCACAAGAAACAAACAUUCAAUCCAAACCUACAAGUUCUAUAACUACUACGAAACCAUCAAAAAAUUCAUCAUCUGUAACUCCUGUAACCACUUCCCAAAUGAUUGAUACAACUAAAUCACAGAAUACAAUAACGACAGCGAAACCGAUAUCAAGUAAAACAAUUCCACAGACCAUAGUAGAUAAAUCAACAGACGUCGCACCAAACAGCUCGACAAGCAACGAAAAACCUUUAUCAGUAAAAAGUAGUGGCACAUCAACAACUUUAGCUACAACGAGUGGAGUGUCAAACGUUACAGUUACUGCUGCUGCAACUUCUUCUACCUUGGCUUCUUCUGGAUCAUCAUCGAAAACUACCGAAGGAAAUAAACAAAAUGAAUCAAAGUCGAAAGAAUUAAGUAAUGGUAGCAAAAGUUUAAAAGCUUAACAGUUAUUACGAAAUGAGUUUGGGUUUUUAGGAGAUAUACAAGUGGCUCAAUCCAUAGUUGUAAUGAUAAUAAUUAAUUUGUAUAACGAAGUAUUCCAAAAUUUAUCACAAGGUAUAAUGUACAAUCUAGUCAUCAAGAUGCUUGUAUUCUAGGUUGCACAACUCACUUUUCUUAUGAUAUAGAUAUUUCCUUAUUCCUCGCUCAGCGUAGUGGAAUAGUGUGUUAUAAAUAGCUGUAAAUACCUAUCAUAGUACAUUAUGUGAACUGAAUGGUCAAUGUGUCUAAUCUUCUGUAUGCAUGAAAUCAUACUAAUAAUUAUAUUAGGUACUUAGUUAAAGGUGCGUGUUGGAGUAGAAAUAUUUGUAGGUAAAGGUUGACCCGUGUAACACGUGUAUUUGCUCAUGGUAAAUAAAUGAAAGGAAUUGAAAAGUUUAUAAAAACUGUUAAUUAUACUUUGAAUAGAAAAAUAAUUACUUAAUUUAAAUCAGAAUUUUUACCUUCCAAGUGCCAUUUCGAAGCCUGUUUGAAAAUAUGCAUAGCAAUAUUACCGAUUAGUUACCAAAACAUGGAAUGUUAUACGUUGACGGACAUACGGAUGGUAGGUUAGUGGUGCUAAGAAAGACAUAUUUUUCAUAGACAAUAUUAUUAUUAUAUUUUCGAUACCAUUUAGAGAUGAAUACCUAGUUUCAUCUCACAGUGUCAAUUUAUAUCAUUAUUAAAUUGAUGUGUAUCUAUCAUUGACAACCAGAAAUGAAGUAAAUAAAAUAUAAUAUGUAUUAUUCAUUGCACCUAUUUAUAGGUGCUCUGUAAAUUCAUUUAUCAAUGACGAGAGAAAAUUAUAAAAACGCAGGGUAGAAACUGAUAAUACAAGAAUUAUUAAUUUAAUAAUAGCAAUCUAAAAUUCAUUAAUGUAUGUUUGAAGAUUGAGUAUUAUUUUUUUAGAAAGCUAAUUUGCGGCGGAUGAUAUAACAUAUAUUAUUUCAUUUUGAACAGAAACUUGACUUAACCAAUGAAGGCAAAGCACAAUAUUGGAAUGAUGUCCGGUAAAAUCUAGUAUUAUGGCUCCCGUUGCAUUUGAUACUUGAGCUUUUAAGAUGAGAAUGUGUGCAUACCAUGAAGGUGUAGUAAGAUACCAUACUUCUUCAUAGCAAGAUCGUUGCUCCCAAAAAAUCUUAAUCGAUUAAAAGAGCAGAUUGUAAGAUUCCAUCGUACAAAGCACUCAGCAAGCAAAAUUAUUUAUUACAUUGUCAAAUUAAAAAAAUAUAUUUUCUUUUAAUUGUAUAAAUUGAUUGUCAAACAAUAGACUUAUAAUACAAUAGUACGGUUCGUAUGAGAGGUAUGUACAUUAAUUUUAUCAAUGCAGCUGCAACAUGUUUACAAAUAUUAGAUACAAACUUAGUUGUCAAAUAACACCAACGUCCCAGCACAAUUGUUAUUGUAGUAGAUCGUCCAGUUAAUAAUGAAUUCCGUCUGUAAAUGCACAAAACAUUUUAUUUUCUGUUUCGAUAGUAUGUCAUAAAUAAGUCUCAAAUAGUUUCAAUAGUAAUACAUAGUUACUGGAUGGCGGAAUACAUUUUUACGAUAAAACACAGCAGAUUUUAAGAAACAUAUUUUGAGAGAGAUGAGAUGGAUGUCUCCCAUGUAUUAAACCAAUAAUCACACGGAAAAAUAUAAGGUCAGUUCCAAUUUACAAUGUCUUUUUAGAUACUGCCUGAAACCCUAUUUUAACAGUAGAAGACGACCAUAUAAAUAAUAUUUUGAAUUAAUUUUACUUAGCGAACGAAUUUAAUGAGCUUUCUUUACAUACAGCAACUCAGUGUGUUAAAGAAACUGUAGCUGGAGAAUGAAGCGAGGUUAGAGUAGGAUUUGAAUUUCAGUUAUUUUUAAUCAUCUGUCUAAUUUGAUGAAAUUAAAACCAUACAUAAAGUUACAGCAGGAUUCGUGAACAAUAUUUGAUCGCCUGAAGAACUGAAUAAAUGACUGACUCCGACAGUAAGAACAGUUUGUCUGAUUGUGAGGGUAAUGCUGAUUGGAUAGAUGUCCGUUAUAAUUUCAGUCCCUAGCAGUAGAUAUUUUCAACUCUCAUGAAUAUAAAUCGAUUAUAAAUUAAAAUCUUCCCAAAGAUAAAAUCGAGCAAAUAAAAUUUUGGAAUAAUAACACGUGUUAUAAAAAUU